AGGCGCAUCGUUGCUGGGGCGUCGGUGUGCCGCGCCUGCCUUGUUGCAGCGCCUGCCCCUCCAGCAAUGCCCCACACUUUUCCCGACUACUCAGCCCAUCUUUCCCGGACUUCUCUCACUUACACGUUUCCUCCACUCUCUCCAAUUGACGUAAGUAGCUUUCUCCCAGCUUCAGGCAGCCGCUGAAGCGCUGCAAUGUUGCGCCUGCCUUGCGCAGCCGAUGACGAAUACGCUGACAGGCAGCACAGAUAAAGCCCUCCUCCCCUAAUCCACCUCCCCCACCACACACAACACAUCAUGGCUCAGUCCGGUGUUUCCGUCGCACCCGAGUGCAUUAGCGCCUUUAACGAGCUCAAGCUCGGCAAGGAUAUCAAGUGGAUCAUCUACAAGAUCAGCGACGACUGGAAGGAGAUCGUUGUUGAGGAGUCUUCCAAGGAGGCUGACUGGUCUGUGUUCCGCGAGAAGCUCCUCAACGCCAAGAGCAAGGACCGCAAGGGCAAGGAGGGUAUUGGCGGCCGUUACGCCGUUUUCGACGUCGAGUACGAGCUUGAGAACGGCGAAGGCACACGCUCCAAGAUCACUUUCAUUUCGUGGACCCCCGAUGAUGCGCCGCAAUACCCCCGCAUGAUGUACAGCACCUCCAAGGAGGCUAUCAAGCGUGCCCUCAACGGUCUUGCCGCCGACAUCCAGGCUAACGACGCCGACGAUAUCGAGUUCGACAGCAUCAAGUCUCGCGUCUCUAAGGGCCGAUAAGCGUGUCGCUCGGUAUUUGUCGAUUUCGCGCACCCAAAAGCAAGCAUUAGGGUGAUUUGUGUUUUGGCGACGACUAUAACGAAAUGAACCAAGUUUGCGAUUUGGUACAGGAAGCGGUCUAGCGACCUGGUUUAGUCCUGUAGCGAGAACGCAGUGGCGGACAAGUGAUGGUGUACAGCGCUCGAUAUGUCUGUUGCCAGACCACUCGAGGUCUGGCAACGAUGACUCGGCGAAAUAUCACAGAUGAAAGACGUUCAAA